CCCUGAAUGCAUCAUGCAGACAGUCGACCGAGGAAGAAGCAGGAAACGGCAGCAGUUGGUUUUGCGGGCUGACACGGAGCACAAAAACACGGUCCAACCGGCGGAUAAAACCGAGUUUUCAAAGCGAGAGAAGAGUCUGGUUCCGUGAAAAUGUAUUUCUUCGCAGUGUUUGUCCUUUUGGGGACAGGACUGGCGGUAAACGGCGAGAUCCAUUCCCUCACUUACAUCUACACAGCCUUCUCCAAACCUGUCGGCCUCCCGGGCAUCCACGAGUUCACCGCCAUGGGUCAGCUGGACGGCAGGAUGAUCGACUACUUUGACAGCGACAACCAGAAGAAAGUUCCCAAACAGGCCUGGAUGACAGAGCGACUGUCUGCAGAUUACUGGGACAAAGGCACCCAGUCCCGCCAGAGCAAGCAGCAGUGGUUCAAAGUCAACAUCGACAUCCUGAAGGAACGAAUGAGACAGAAUGACACGGACACCCAUGUUCUCCAGUGGAUGCACGGCUGUGUAGGCGAAAUGACGGACGGAGGGAUCAAGUUCAAAAGCGGCAUGGACAUGUACAGCUACGACGGAAACAACUUCCUGUCAUUCGAUGACAAAGACGGCGUCUGGGUCGCUCCAACUGCCGAGGCAGUCCAGACCAAGAGAAAGUGGGACGAAGUCCAGGUCCUAAAAGAAUACACCAAAGGCUACCUGGAGAACGAGUGCAUCGAUUGGUUGGGGAAGUUCAUCAGUUAUGGACAACAACAGCUAACAGAAGCCAUUCCUCCGAAGGUGCACCUGUUUACAAGGAACACCAAAGUUGAAGCAAACAUCCUUUUGACGUGCCUGGCCACAGGUUUCUUACCAAAAGAAAUCACCCUGCACAUGAAAAGGAACGGCCGUGUUCUAACUCCAGCUGACGGAGUUGUGUCCUCCGGCGUUCGACCCAAUGGUGACGAGACCUACCAGAGACGAGACAGCGUGGAGAUUUUACGGAGUGACUUGUCUACCUACACCUGUGAAGUGAAUCAUCCGGCAUCCAAAGUACAUGUUGAGAAGGAGUGGGAUCAUAAACUUCACCCAGACACCAACUCUGGACCAAUCAUUGGUGUGGCGAUUGGAGGCCUACUCUUGGUCAUCGGUGUUGUGGUGCUGGUGGUCUUGUAUAAAACAGGCAAACUUGGACCUUGCGGAAACAGAGGCAGCAAAGAAUCUCUCAACAGCAGUUCCAGUGGUGGCUCUGGCAAUAACGGCGUUAGCAAUGGCACAGCCGUGUACCUAGCUGUCCCCCAGGGUAAUACCAGCGCUAACAACGGUAACGCAAUCAGCGUGAUCCAGCCUCCCGCCCAGGGUAAUACCAGCGCUAACAACGGUAACACAGCCAGCGUGAGCCAACCUCUCCUCCAGGGCGACGAAAAACCCAGCCCGGAGCCAACAAGCCUCUCGGGCAAUGAAGACAAAUAACUUUAGUUUGGAAUAUAUAAAAUAAAAAGGGGAAUUUGAAAAUCAACAA